UAUCCGGGGAUGUCACACCGCUGCUAUUUUCUCCCCUCAGUCCCUCUCACUCUCAGCCUACAGCUCAAGCGGACUGACGCGGGGCUUCGGAUAGAAAGGAGCGGAUAAGAUACCGAGCAGGGGCCGACAUGGCGGAGCUCGGAGCGGGAAGCCUGCCGUUGGGAGAUCCUGCUUUUAAUUACCAGGAACACGAGCUGAACGAGCGGCUGAAGCGGCUCUACCCAGCUGUGAACGAGGAAGAGACCCCUCUACCCCGAUCCUGGAGCCCCAAGGAUAAAUACAGCUACAUCGGGCUGUCACAGAACAACCUGCGGGUCCAUUACAAAGGCCAUGGUAAGAACCACAAGGACGCAGCCUCAGUGCGAGCCACACACCCAAUCCCUGCUGCCUGCGGGAUCUACUACUUUGAGGUCAAGAUUGUCAGCAAAGGUCGAGACGGGUACAUGGGGAUCGGCCUUUCUGCCCAGGGGGUGAACAUGAACAGACUGCCUGGAUGGGACAAGCACUCGUACGGCUACCAUGGAGACGACGGCCACUCCUUCUGUUCCUCCGGGACCGGCCAACCGUACGGCCCAACGUUCACCACGGGGGACGUGAUCGGCUGCUGCGUUAACCUCAUCAACAACACUUGCUUUUACACCAAAAAUGGCAUCAGUUUAGGUGUAGCCUUCACAGACCUCCCUCCCAACUUGUACCCGACUGUGGGGCUGCAAACUCCGGGAGAAAUCGUAGACGCUAACUUUGGCCAGCAGCCGUUUGUCUUCGACAUCGAGGACUACAUGAGCGAAUGGCGGGCCAAGAUCCACGGCAUGAUCGCCCGCUUCCCCAUAGGAGAGAGGCUGGGGGAGUGGCAGGCUGUCCUGCAGAAUAUGGUGUCUAGCUACCUGGUGCAUCAUGGGUACUGUGCCACCGCAACAGCUUUCGCCAGAGCCACAGAGACCAUGAUACAAGAGGACCAGACAUCUAUAAAGAACAGACAGAGAAUACAGAAGCUGGUGCUGGCAGGACGGGUGGGCGAAGCCAUAGAGGCUACUCAGCAGCUUUACCCCGGCCUGUUAGAACACAACCCCAACCUACUAUUCAUGUUGAAGUGUCGUCAGUUUGUGGAGAUGGUGAACGGCACAGACAGCGAGGUUCGCUGCUUGACCAUUCGCUCCCCCAAGUCCCAGGACAGUUACCCAGGCUCCCCCAGCCUCAGCCCCCGCCACGGAGCCAGCAACACACACCUGCACGCCGGAGGAGCCGACAGCCCGACCUGCAGUAAUGGAGUGACCCCCCCCAACAAGUCAAAGAGCCACGGCGGCACUGGCGCCAGCGGCAUCAAAUACCCCAGCGUGUCCUCCUCCGCUUCCUCUUCCACCUCCUCCUCCCCGUCCUCCGUCAACUACUCCGAGUCCAACUCCUCCGACUCCACUAAGAGCCAGCCACACAGCACCCAGGAAACCAGUGACAGUGAGAUGGAGAUUGAAGCAGAGCACUAUACCAACGGUGUCACCGAGGGCUCCUCGGCGCGAAUCAUGAAUGGCACAUACAAACACGAAGAGAUCCUUCAGCCUGAUGACAACAGCAUUGGCAAUGGGGUCACAGCAGAUGAGGGUUGUACUAAUGGCAGACAGCUUUGUGGAGGGAACCAGGCAGCCACAGAGAGGAUGAUCCAGUUUGGACGGGAGCUGCAGUCGCUCAAUGAACAGUUGUGCCGCGAAUAUGGCAAGAACGCCACGCACAAGAAGAUGUUACAGGAUGCAUUCAGCCUGCUGGCGUACUCAGACCCUUGGAACUGCCCCGUGGGCCAGCAGUUAGAACCCACCCAGAGAGAAUCACUCUGCUCUGCACUCAACAGCGCCAUACUGGAGUCCCAAAAUCUGCCCAAGCAGCCUCCGCUGAUGUUAGCGCUUGGCCAGGCAACAGAGUGUGUUCAGCUCAUGGCCCGGGUCCGGUCCGGUUCCUGCUCCUUCGCCAGAGUAGACAACUUUUUGCACUAGCCCAGGUCAAGGUUAAUGUUAAGUAGCACUGAGAGAAGACAUGUCCAGCAGGUAGUUGUCAUGGCGACUGAGGAAAGAGCAUGCGUGUGAUUGGUGUGUUUGGCUGUCCGUCAGACCGAGCCAGCGGCACAGACAGAGGAGCGGAGGAGAGCGGCAGAGAAGAAAGCUUCCUUUUUAAUUUAGUAUUAUCAAAUAAAGAAAUGUGUGACACUAUUUAAAGAUAAUUAAUUAUUAUUAUUAUUAUUAUUAUGUUUAUCUAGCCAUUUUUAUAGUUCUUUUUUUUUUGUCAGUUUGUUGUGCUCAUCCUGGACAAAACAAAUUGUGAAUCCCCUUUUUAUUUUUUCUUCUGUUUUUUUAAUGGGUGGAUUUUGAUUCCCUGCAAUCAGUAUUUUACUCACGUUGUUGUUGUUCACCAUAUCACGGACCACAAUACCCUCAUCUGGUUACCACGGUGACCCCCACGACUGUAGGUCAACUUUACAAACCCUGAGGCAUACUUAACUUGUCUUUGAUAAGAUGCAGAAGACAGAAAGACUCCUUUAUCCUCCAAAUAUACUUGGAAGUGCAUUCAUGUCAUGAAAUAAAUUCAACCGGGGCGAGCAAACAAGUGCUCAGAAUGGAAAAACACCAUUGAUCAUGUGGAGCAGAUCAUUAGCUCCGGUCAAGGCUGAUUCCGACAAUAUUAAACACUGCUGCUGAUCUAAAAUAUAAAACGGACAUAGGCAAAAACUGGGUCCCUAAAUUUUUCCAGAAAGUUGGAAUUAAAAUGCAUCUCUCUGUGUGUCACAGUAAUGGAAUGUGUAAAGGAAUAAAAUGCUUUGUGCUAACAGAUUAGACAGAUAUCUUCAACACUCAGCAACUCACACCCACAAUCUAGAUUGAUAAAUAGCACUACAGGUAAGCAAGAAAUGAAUGUGUAUUUCUGGUUUGGUAGUGAACUGUACCUUUGAAUUGGCAAAUAAGAGGUGCUGGAACCUUUUACUGUAAUGAUCCCAACAUCGACCAAUCAGUGAAGUCCUUGCAGGUGGCCAAGCUCAGCACCUGUAUCCAAGGCAGACUAACGAGCACAGUGUGUGAACGGCUAAAAGUUGAGUCACCUAUGACGAUUUCAUGACUACAGUCAGUUUGCUCCCAGCCUGACCUGCUCUGUGCAAGUGAUGUCCCAAUUAGAAAUUCAAACAGACAGAUGAAAUAAUUUGCCGAACGAGAAGGUUUUUAAUUUUAAGGGUGAUAAUUGUGAUUGUGAUAAUUCAUGUCACACUUUCUUUCAUUUUGGGCGUUUGAUGCCAAACCCCUGAAAGGUUGUUAAAACCAGUUGUGUGUGUUGGAAGAAGGUGAUGUUUUUUUCCAGUCUAUCCCUUACUAUUCUCUAACACCCAUAAACUUGACUUGACUAUGUCAAGUUUGUCCCAAUUCAUAAGUUUGAAGUGCCUCUUAUUAUGUACAAAAAAAAAUGAUGGAAAAAAACAUCUUUCUAUUGAUCAGGUUCGCUGCUGGCCACCUUGAGAUUUAACCACAUUGCUCCUGAUUUGGAGUCAGAUCAAUGGUAGAAAAACAUCUAAUUAUCACUUCUAGGCCUCCGACUGUAUGACAUUACAGCUAUAGCCUCCUUUGUCAACCAAGGCUUGCUGUCAGCCACUUCGUAUGGAGCCCCAAAUUAUUUGAUCAUAAGUGAAUAAAUAAGACAUUAUGAAAUAAAUAUCAUAUGAAUGUAUGGAGUCAAAAACAUAAUUGAAGCAAUACAUUGUGAAAUAAAUACAUUUCAAAAUGCCCAUUUUCAAAAAUCUGUUCUCACCAGUGCCCACUCUGCUACCAAAAUUAUUCCAGCUAGCCCUAUUGGCUAGCUUAGAAUUUACCAGCUAGUAGCUAACCAACUAGCUAGUUUGUAAUUUUGAAUCAACCAGCUAGUUGCUGCUGCUCAUAAACACACUGCACAGUAACCAAGCUUUCUUUUUUAUUUAGCUUAACAAGGCUACAUAUGCUACCUACCUAGCCAGCUAACUAGCUAGGUUGGCUUGUGGGCUUGGAUUUUAUUACGCAGCACCAAAGCUGAGAGCUAGUGUUAGCGGCUAACAUUAGCUGGUUAAUUCAGAGCUACUUAGGCACUGGAAAUGUUCUGCUGAGAAAGACGCAUAACUCUGUGAAGUGCAAAAACAUUAAAGCAGCCUUUGCUAGCUUGCUACAGUUGGGCAAAGUUGGGUUUUGAUAAUUCAUUGAAUUGUUUCAGAGUUCAUUGGCUCUCUUAUAUCUGUUCAUUCGAUUAUUUAUUUCAUAAUAUCUUGUUUGUUUAUUUAAUAUUUGAGUUUAAUAUUAAAUGAUUGAUUUUGUCAUUCUAUCAACAUGAUCAGCUUUCUGUCCCUGUAUCUAAUCAGAUGAUUAUUCAUUGCAAAAAGACAAAUUGGACUCGACUUCACCCUAUUUCCAAGCCAAUAUUUGGAUUUUGAGAACAACAACUUGUUUCGUUCCAUCCCUUAGCUUUCUGUGAAACAUUGUAACUCUUUUGUUUUUACACCAGACUUAUUUUCUACCAAAUAGCACUGACUUAAUGUUGUCUGUCUAGUGGCAAAGUGUCACUUUUCGGAUGCUUUGUUGUGACCUGGCAAAUGUCUGGUGGAUCCACCCUGAAGUGUAUAUUUCCAUUUAUAAGAGAAUGUUUGUCUGAUGUAGAGAAAUUCUGGAAUAAUAUGUGGGAUUUACUACAGGGUAUGUGGUCACACUUUUCACCAAGCUGUUUUUUUUAUACAGACCUUCUGCUAUAAUAGGAACUAUUCUAUAAUAACCACACAAACAGCACUCACUCAACGUCAUCUGCUUCUACAGCUGUAAAGGACUUCUGUUACACACACACUUGUACGUGGAAGAACAACCUCUGUUGCAUACCUGUAGGGAACAAGUCUCCCAGCUGUCCUUUGUGUUUGAGCCUGGGCUGCGUCUCAGCACUGUUACCACGCACCCUUCCUCUUAUCCCUGCAUAGACAUAGCCACUGAUGUGAUCAGUGAUUGUUUUAAGGAAAGAAGGGAUGUGAGCAGUUUUGGAAAUUGGCCCCCGGGGCCUCUUGAAGCCACAUGGACUUCUUCUGGAGAAGCUGGAGAAAUGGAUUUAGGCAUCGCGGAUGAGCUGUGCACAAUUGACUUCUAUCAUGAUUUUAAUUUCGUAUUUUGACUUUUGAGUUUUAGCAACAAAAAAAAUGUAAAAAAAAAUUGUGAAAUGAGUUACCCUCUACUUAGCAUGACUUUUAAAACGAUAUAAAAAAAAAAGUAAAAAUGAUAAUUGAAAAAAAAAAUACCUAUGUACUGGAAACAUGUUAAA